AUGCCUGUGCACUUCUCCUGCCUGUCUUCUAAAUAUAUGUGCCCUGGUGUUCCAGCAGUUAUGAGUACAUUGUUGGCCAAUAUAAAUGCUUUCUAUGCUCAUACUACAGCAACAACAAAUGUAUCUGCCUCAGACAGGUUUGCAGCUACUAACUUUGGGAGGGAAAAGUUCAUUAAACUUCUGGAUCAAUUGCAUAAUUCUCUGAGGAUUGAUUUAUCUAAAUAUAGAGAUAACUUUCCUGCCAGCAAUUCUGAAAGACUUCAAGAUCUGAAAUCAACUGUGGACCUUCUUACCAGCAUUACUUUUUUUCGAAUGAAGGUCCUUGAAUUACAGAGCCCACCUCGAGCCAGUACUGUGGUGAAAGACUGUGUGAGAGCCUGCCUGGACUCAACAUACAAAUACAUUUUUGACAAUUGCUAUGAUCUUUACUCCCAAUUAAUAGACCAGGGUAAGAAACAAGAAGUUCCUAAAGAAGAACAGGGACCAACAACAAAGAAUUUGGAUUUCUGGGCACAGCUUAUUACUCUGAUGGUCACUAUUAUAGAUGAAGAUAAAACAGCAUACACACCUGUCUUGAACCAGUUCCCUCAGGAGCUGAACAUGGGAAAAAUUAGUGCUGAAAUCAUGUGGACUCUGUUUGCCCAGGACAUGAAGUAUGCUCUGGAAGAACAUGAAAAUCAGCGGUUAUGCAAGAGCACAGAUUAUAUGAAUUUGCACUUCAAAGUGAAAUGGUUUUAUAAUGAAUACGUGCGAGAGCUCCAUGCUUUCAAGGAUGCAGUGCCUGAAUAUUCUCUAUGGUUUGAACCAUUUGUCAUUCAGUGGCUGGAUGAAAAUGAGGAUGUCUCAAUGGAGUUUCUUCAUGGAGCACUGGAAAGAGACAAAAAAGAUGGGUUUCAGCAAACAUCAGACCAUGCCCUUUUUUCGUGUUCAGUGGUUGAUGUCUUCACACAGCUCAAUCAAAGCUUUGAGAUUAUCAGGAAACUGGAGUGUCCUAAUCCAGAAGCACUGUCUCAUUUAAUGAGAAGAUUUGCAAAGACUAUCAACAAAGUGCUGCUUCAGUAUGCUGCAAUUAUUUCAAGUUACUUCAGUUCAUACUGUGACAAAGAAAAUGUGCCCUGUAUCUUGAUGAACAACAUUCAACAGUUACGAGUGCAGCUUGAAAAAAUGUUUGAGUCCAUGGGAGGGAAGGAGUUGGAUCAAGAAGCUAGUGCUGUUCUAAAAGAACUUCAAGCAAAACUUAGCAACGUAUUGGAUGAACUCAGUGUAACGUAUGCCACAAGUUUCCAAUCUAUUAUAGAAGAUUGCAUAAGACAAAUGAGCUCUGAACUCAAUCAAAUGAGAGGAAAUGGGACUGCAGCGGCCAAUAAGAACAGCGCAGCCAUUGAUGCAGAGAUUGUACUUCGGCCCCUCAUGGAUUUCCUGGACAAAACUUUAAGCCUCUCUGCAAAAAUCUGUGAGAAGACAGUUCUGAAACGGGUUCUAAAAGAGUUAUGGAAGAUAGUCUUGAACAGAAUAGAAAAACAAAUUGUACUUCCACCGCUGACAGAUCAAACUGGGCCCCAGAUGAUAUUCAGUGCAGCCAAAGAUCUUGGACAACUCUCAAAACUCAAGGACCAUGUGAUUCGAGACGAUGCCAAAAGCCUGACGCUGAGGCAGUGUGCAAUAAUGGAAGUAGCACUAGCUACUAUAAAGGUACAGUUUUACAUGUUUUUCCAUUCAGUGACCAAGUAUGUAAUUACAUAAACAGUAGAUUCCAAUGUAGAAUGGUCCCCUAGAACCAUGAAGGUCAGUUUAAUAUAGCAAGAGCCAUUUGAUCCAAGCUCUUCACAGUGACUUAAAGCAAAUGUCUGGUAGUCUGACUGCAGCAAAAGCUAUAAAAAUUAUUCAACACAAGAUU